UAAUCUAUUCCUUGCAAAUUUCCGACUAUAGACUCGAAAUUGGACUAAGAAACUCAACCAGUAGAGAGAGAGAAGGAGAGAGAACCAUGUCAAUGGCGACAAUGAACAGCGACCAAGAAGAAUACGAUCGUCUCAAGGAAGUUAAAAAUUUCGACGACUCCAAAAUCGGCGUCAAAGGCCUCCUCGACUCCGGCCUCAUCUCCUCUAUCCCCCGCUUCUUCCACCACCCACCGGAAUCUCGCCCCACCACCACCGCCGCCGCCGUCCUCGUCCCUAUCAUCGACCUCUCCGGCCCCCGCUCCGCCGUCGUCGACGAAGUCCGCAGCGCCGCCUCCACCUUCGGCUUCUUCCAAAUCACCAACCACGGCAUCCCCUCCGCCGUCCUCCGCCGCACCGUCGCCGCCGUGAAAUCCUUCAACGAGCAGCCGACGGAGUCAAAGAUGGCUCACUACCACCGCGAGACGGGCCGCGGAGUCAACUUCUCCACCAACGUCGAUCUCUUCCGCUCCAAAGCCGCCAGCUGGCGCGACACCAUCCAGAUGCGGCUCGCGCCGACCCCUCCGAACCCCGAAGACGUCCCCGAGGCCGUCCGAUCGGAGGUGUACGAGUGGGACCGGGAGAUCGGACGGCUCGGAGACGAUCUGUUGGGAUUGCUAUCGGAGGGUUUGGGAAUUGAGAGGGAGAGAUUGAAGGAAUUGUCGUGCUCGGAGUCGAGGACAAUGGCGGCUCACUACUAUCCGUACUGUCCGGAGCCGGAUAUGACGUAUGGGCUGACGUCACAUACGGAUCCGGGGGUGGUGACGGUGGUGUUGCAAAACCAGGUUGGUGGUUUGCAGGUGAAGCACGGCGGAGAUUGGGUUAAUAUUGAACCUGUGCCUGGUGGUCUCAUUGUUAACGUUGGAGAUAUUCUUCAGGAGGCUCUUCCCUCCCCCCCUCAUACCCACACCCUUCGGCUGAAGGAGAGGAAGAGAGGAAAGAAAGAAAGAAAGAGAGGAGAGAAAGAGAGAGAGAGAGAAGGAAGAGGGGAGAGCAAGAAAGAGAGGGAAGCAAGGAAGGAAGGAAAAGAGGAGGUAUCAACUCUUAGCAAUUUUUCUUAAAGCUUCUUGAGGUAA